CUAUAUUAGAGUCAGUCUGGGGGAAUCUCACGAACUUCCUCGUUCAUAUCGCCCGCCAUGUUCUCCACUCUAGCUGCAUUAGCGGUGCUGGCGUGCGGCGCGUUGGCUAGCUCGCAAGCACCGUUUCAUUUCGACGCGACUGCCGCGGCAGCUGGGAGCGCAGCGAAUCCGCUGUCGGUAGGAACUUACAGCUCUCCGGGAAACCUCACUCUAUCGUCUAUCGCUUCUCGCGACGAGUACACCGCGUUCGCGCACCCUCGGUACCCUGCUCAUCGUGUCCGGAUCAAGCAGACUGAGUUCUGUGACCCUACCGUCAACGUGUAUACAGGAUACUUGGACGUUGACGAUGGCGCAAAGCACCUGUUCUUCUAUUUCUUUGAGAGUCGCCGCGACCCUGCCAACGACGAUGUUAUGAUGUGGAUCAAUGGAGGUCCCGGUUGCUCGUCCUCCAUGGGCCUGCUCAUGGAGCUCGGCCCUUGCAGCAUCGACACGCAAAACAAGUCCACAAACGGCACGGUGUGGAACCCGUACUCCUGGAACGCGGAAGCCAACAUAUUUUUCCUCGAUCAACCUGUCGGUGUUGGCUUCUCAUACGCUGACUUCGGCGAGACCGUCGAGACGACCGAGGACGCAGCGAAGAACAUUCACGCGUUCCUGACGAUCUUCUUCGAGACGUUCUCUGACUUCAAGGGCCGCCCGCUGCAUCUUUCCGGCGAAUCUUACGGCGGCCGCUAUCUCCCGACUUUUGCGAGCUAUGUCUAUGACCAGAAUCAGGUCGCUAAGGCCGAAGGACGAGACACGCUCAACCUGACCAGUGUCAUUAUCGGCAACGGUAUCACUGACAUCUCUACUCUCUAUGCUGGAAGGUACGAAGUGGAAUGUGGGUCGGCUGCAGUCGACGUACCGUUCCAAACGAUCAGCACGUGCGUGAAGAUGAAGACCGCUUUACCGCGCUGCGAGAAGCGUAUGCAGGAGAGCUGCAUAGAUCGCUUCGAUGCUAUCGAUUGUCGGGCUGCGGUGAACUUCUGCGACUCUACGAUGAGCUCAGCGUUCGAGGCGAGCGGACGCAACUUCUACGACAUCUCCAAGCCCUGCCUCGGCGACCUCUGCUACCUCGAAGCGGCGAAAAUCAAAGAUUACCUCAAUGCGCCCGAGACACGCGCACUUCUCGGCGUCGAGUCGCCCAACAACUUCACGUCCUGCAGCUCAGAAGUAGGCCGCGCCUUCAACUCGCACCUCGACAAGUACGCUGUGCCCGCGCACUUCCACGUCGCCGGCCUGCUCGAGCGCGGAGUGCGCGUGCUCAUCUACGCGGGCACGUACGACUGGCAGUGCAACUGGGUCGCGAACAAGCUCUGGCUCGAGAAACUCGACUGGUCCGGCGGCCUGGUCUACACCGCGGACGCGUUCCGCGACUGGACGGUCGACGGGCACAAAGCUGGGGAGACGAAGAGCGCGGGCCCGCUGACGUUUGCGACCGUGCGCGGGGCGGGACAUAUGAUGAGUCACGUACCGUUCGACAAGCCCGCCGAGGCGCAGGCGAUGGUUUCGCGCUGGCUCGCGCAGAAGGAGUUGUGA